CCGGAGCGCUGCAGGUGGGUGCGGAGCCGCCCCGGGGUGGGGCAGCCACGGCAGCGCCUUUAAAAGCGGGGCUGAGCCGGGCUGCCCUGGACCUGCCCUGGACUGAGCCGCCCACCGAGCCCCGGAGCCCGCAGUCUCUCCGCAGCCAUGAAGGCGAUGGUGUAUGUUGGCCUCCUCCUCGCCAUCGCGGCGACCGCCUGCCUGAGCCAGCCCGUGGCGGAGGCGCCGGGGCCUGCGGGGGACCCCCACCAUCUCCCCGCCAGCCUGGUCCGGCGGGACUGGCCCGAGUCCCUGUCCCAGGAGCAGAAGCACCUCAUCUCCCGGUUCCUGCCCCACAUCUUCACAGAGCUGAGCAACCGCAAAGGCUAUGUGCACGGCGACGAGGGGACAGAGGCCCUGCAUGACCACUAUUACCCCGACUGGAUGGACUUCGGCCGCCGCAGCGCCGAGAACUUGGCCAAUGCCGUGUAGCCGCCGCGCUGGCCCCGCCGUGCAGAGCACCAGCACGCUCGGUGCAUGCAUCUGCCUGCAAUAAAGC